AAUUAUUACGCCAGACACACCCAAUCUCCGUACUCGAUGAAAUUCAGCAUGAAGUUUCUUGUGGUUCUAGCUUCAAUGGCUAUGGUCGCCAUGGCCAAGCCAGGAUAUUCUUAUGGUCACGCUGCUCAUGGAUACCAUGGACCACCUGCACCCUUGGCGCAUGAUGGUCGCGUCGUGGACACUGACGAAGUGGCACAUGCAAAAGCUGCACACUUAGCCGCUCACGCGGAAGCUGCAUCCCAGGCGUCUUAUGGUGGUUAUGCUGAUGAUGGUUAUGAAUAUGGACAUGGUCAAGGUGAUGGUCACGGUGGUGCCCAUGGUUAUUCUGUACCUGCAGAAUACAUCAAUAAGAUUGCUCAUGUUGGGCACGGAUACCAUGGUCCUGCUGCACCCCUGGACCACACGGGACGCGUCGUCGACACCCCCGAUGUUGCUCAUGCCAAGGCUGCACAUUUUGCGGCCCAUUCCGACGCUGCUGCUCAUGCCCAUUAUGAUGCCGCCGAUGACGAAGGUUAUGGACAUGGAUACGCUGCAGUUGGACCUACUGUCUAUGAACACGCUGCAUCCCAUGUAUAUCAUGGACCACCUGCUCCUCUUGCUCAUGAUGGCCGUGUUGUCGACACCCCUGAGGUUGCUCAUGCCAAAUCUGCACAUUUAGCUGCACAUGCUCACGCUGCAGCUCAGGCACCCCAUGGUUACGGUGCUUAUGAGGCCCAUGGGCCAGCUGGUUACAAAUGGGCGACUUACAACGCAACGACAACAAGUCGCAAGACGUGGCCGCAAACGAUUGAGAAUCAGAGAACCAUGAAGGCUUUCAUCAUUCUGUCCGCCCUUGCCGCCGUGGCUGUAGCCAGUCCUGGUUACCUGGCAUCCGCUGUCGUGCCCUACCAUGGUUACCAUGCAGGAGCUCCCGUUGGUCUAGAUGGUCGCGUCGUAGACACCCCCGAGGUAGCUCAUGCUAAGGCUGCCCAUUUGGCUGCCUAUGCCCAUGAAGCUUCCAGGAAUCUCCACGCUUACGCUCCAGCCCUUGCCUACGGUGCAGUCCCUGCAGUUGCUCAUGGUUAUGGUGCCCACGCCUACGCCCCAGCUCUUGCCUAUGGAUAUCACCACGCUGGUGCCCCCAUCGGCCAUGAUGGACGCGUCGUAGACACCCCCGAGGUGGCUCACGCUAAGGCCGCCCACCUCGCCGCACAUGCUCAUGAGGCUGCUAAGACCGGCUAUGGUGUCCAUGCCUAUGGUGCCCCUGCCCUUGCUUAUGCUGCUGCUCCUGUCUACGCUCAUGGAUACGCUCAUGGUGCCCCCAUCGGACAUGAUGGACGUGUUGUUGACACCCCUGAGGUCGCUCACGCCAAGGCCGCCCAUCUUGCUGCUCAUGCCCAUGAAGCCGCCAAGACCGCCCAUGCUGUUCACUACUGGUGAAUGGAAUGACUAUAUAUUACUCCAGGAUAUUCAGCUAGACACUUGUUAUAUGUGACCCCAUAAGAUUCAGACUGACUACCAUGUCUAUUGAGAAUGCUACGUGGGAAAAGCCUUCGUGAAUCUCUGUGGAACUGAUAUCGCAAAAUCCGAUGUCACUUAUACGGAUAAAAUAAAUAUUAAAGUAUAAUAUUUUACGAAAUCUA